AUGAAAUUCAAUAAUUGUGGGGAAGGUUUUUCAGGAAGUGGUGCAAAUGUAGAAGAGCGUGAUGUGUAUGACAUUAGCUGGGAAGACAAUUCUAGAAGGUAUUAUGAAAUGUUUUUAUGCUGCUGGUUCUGCAAUGCCAAAAGUAACCAAUCACAGGAGUCGUUUAAGCAGUGGGUGACACUAAUUAUGGCACCUACUCCUAAUGGUAGUGCCAUACUUAAGGACUACUAUGAGGCUAAGAAGUUGGUGCAAAGGCUUGAAUUGAAGGCAAUCAAAAUAGAUUUUCUUCUUUCUUUGCCACUUCCAAAUGAUACUGUUGUCUCAGCAAGGUUGUUAGAUGCACAACUUCAAAAUUUGGGCUUUAACGCAUUUUCAAGCCCUAUAACAUCUGGGGUACCCUAUGAUGCCAAAGUGCCCAAAACCCUAAAAGGGGUUAAGGUCUCAGCAAUGAGGCUUAGCAGUGAUAGUUUGUGGCAUAGAGGUGUUCAAUUCUACAAAGAAUUUGAGAUCCCAAAAAGGGUUAUUGAGCACCCUUUUGUUGAGAAGCUUGUAUUGGUAUACCAAAACUUAGGCAAUUUGUCUAAUAAAUAUUACCCUUUACAUGGUUACACAUAUUUGGCUCCAGUUUUGGGUCUAUUGGCCUAUAAUGGUACCAAUUUGUCUCAUUCAAUGGUACCUGAAUUAUUGCACAUUAGAGCUUAUAAAAAUCCAAUUUUGAUAAAGUUUUCUAAUGUCAAUUUACCACAAUCAGGUUCAUUGUCUAAGUGUGUGUACUUUGGUUUAAAUGGUUCAGUACAAUUUGACACACUAUUACCCAAUAAUGUAUGUUCAAGUUUCCAACAAGGGCAUUUCUCAAUAGUGGUGGAAUCAAAAUCAGUUCCCCCAUCACCACAUGACCCUAACAAGAAGUAUGAUUUUUGUAUACUAAUUCCUUGUUUGGUUGGUGGGUUUUUGUUGUUGGUCAUAUUGGGUGUAGUUGUUGGUGUUGUGAGAAGAGCCAAACAAGGUGCAAGGAUACAACAUUUAGAAUAUGUAGCUGAUAAUAGUGAAGGCUCAAAUUGCCUCUGA